AUGUUUGGCAGUCAAUUUCAGACGCAACCGUUUGGCACAUCCACGCCCGGUUACUAUCCACACAUGAACGCCCAACAGCAACAACAGCAUCAACAACAACAUCAACAGCAAAAUCAGUUUGCAUGGAUGCAGUACCAGCAAAUGUUGCAGGCACAGCACUUUUAUGGCCAGCAACAACAACCGUCGCAAUCGCCUUGCAGCGAUAUGCGUCCACCCGGGCCUGACAGCCGUCGCCGCACCUCUUCCACUCCUCAACGACCUCAGCACAUCACAUACAAUGACACCUUCCGCAGAGAAGCGCAGCAGCAGGGCCAGCAGGGCCUCCCCUGCGUCUCGUAUGCUGGCGGUAUGCCACAGCUCAACCAGAUUCGCAGCUUCAGUGGUCAGCCCAUGACUACGGGUCAAUUCGGUCAAGUUACUCCUUCUGGCCACUCGGCUUCCUCCUCAGUUUCCUCGCCAGGCGCCUUCCAUCCUUACCGCAGAACACAACGUGGCACUUCUGAUGUUGGCACAAACAGCCAAACUUCUCCCUCUAACGGCGCUAGUGUUACUCCCUCCAUGUCAGGUGCUGGUGCGCCCCGUGUGCGAACGUCCAGUGCUGCAUCGCAGUCCUCUUCGCGCGAAACCUCGCCUAUGCUUGCUGCUGAACGCAAACGCGGCUCUGGUGCUCUCCCACCCUCCGCUUCUGCACCAGGGCUUUCCAGCACACCUUGCUCCAAGAACCUGGUGCCUGGAGCCGGCUCAGCCUCGUCCCAGGUCGGUCUUUCACACUUGCGUGGUGCUCCACCACGGUCCAACAGCCAGUCUUCGCUUGCUUCCGACUCUUCCUCCAGAACAGCAACUGGCCCUCAGCAGCAGCAACCGCCCCCCGUUCACCAACGCUCUGACUCUUCUACUUCGAUUCACUCCAUCAACAGCUCUCAACGCGUACACCCUCCAAGCCUCGCUUCCUCCAAGAAGCCCUCUCCAUUGUCGCGACAAGCCGGCAGGGAUGACGAUGAGGAGGCUGUAUACGGUGGCAGCGACGAUGAUCGCGUCGAUGGUGGUCGCUCCACCCCAAUGCCUGGCUAUGCUCCCAAGUCCAAGAAGACCGGACUCUCCACCAAGCUUCGCAAGGCGUUGUCCUUCUCCAACAUGAACGACAUGCAGGAGAACGGCGCACUUGGUAGCUCAUCUGCCUCAACAGCGGCUGCAGCAAGACGACCGAGUAACGGUGGUGUCUAUGGUCGCAAUCUUGGCGGUCUGCCCAACUCGUCUGGCGACACCAACGCUUCCACUGGCUCCACUGGCUCCACCUCGCCUCCUCGCACGCCUGACAACGGUGCAGCUCUUCCUGGCUCUUCAGGUGCUUCCAUCACCUCUCGACGUGGCACACGUCCUCCCCUUUCCAACAACAAUGAGGGCAAGCGCAGCAUCUUUAACCGCAAGUUCAACUCUUCCACAGACAAUAUCUCGAUCUCGUCGACCGUAUCGAGUGCUUCCGUCAUGCUGCGCAAGGUCGGCAACCUCGGCAAACUGGCGCGACGUCACUCGUUGAUGGGUCUGACCAACAUGUUCAACAAGGACAAGGAGCGCCAAGGACCUGAUGGCAUUUACGGCGGCUCGUUGGGAGCCACGCCUACUGCUUCCGACGAUUCUACCAUCAACACCAAGUCCAAGAAGACGCCCAAAACCAAAAAGGGCGUGCCAGCUACUGCCUCGAUAACGCAUGCUACCGUCGAGCUCGAGAGUGCCCGUCUUGGUGAUGCCGGAAUGACACCUGCCGCUUCCUACGUUCGACAGCAUCAGCUACAGAUGCAGGCACAAGCUGAGGCAGAGGCUCGCGCUGCUCGUCAACCUCAGCAAUCCGAAGCAAAGGCAAGAGAAGCAGGCGAGAACCGUCAAAAGAUGAUCGAAAAGGAGAAGGAGAGGCUCAAGUCGAAACGCGGUUGGCGCAAGAAGUUUGGAAGCAGCAACGGUGGCAGCAUCGGCUCGAUCACUUCGGAUGCUCCAACUGGUCUUGAGACCACCUACGCCGAGCCAGAAUCGUACGCAGACGCAGUCAGCGGUCAACACCAGCACCAGCACCAGCACCAGCACCAGCACCAGCACCAGCACCAGCACCAGCACCAGCACCAGCACCAGCAGCAAUACCAGCAGCAGCAACAGCAGAAUGGCGAGCCCAUCGUCUCUGCUGUAGCACCGCAGAUUGCCAUCCCUUACGGCGAAGAGGGCGGCUUCGAUGCUUCGUUUGACAGCGAGUUGUUGGAGCCGCCUCAUAUGCCUGCCGCUGGCGGUCUAGGUGGCGAGGAUUCGGGCGACGAGUUUGAGACGGAUAGCCUGCGUCACUGGGGUGAAGGUAUUGAACGAUCUCGCGCAAGUGCAGCGCAGUUUAAGAACCCCAAAGGUAUCUUGAAGAAGACGGCUUCUACGCCCGAUCUUUCGUUCGCCAACGGAUUCGAGAAGCCUUUCGCCGGUCGCAUCCGAGCCAACUCGUACGACGCCCCGCAGUCUGCUUCGGCUUGUUCGGCAUUGUACGGGACGAGCACGAUGACGCAUCUCUCUGGCAACACAGCUGGUGUUGAGCGUCUGGAUGGUGUGGGCGCCAAGAGCGACUCUCCCGCUUCCUCUCGACCGGGAUCUGGUUCGGGUGAGGUGCCUCCUCGUUCGGUUUCGCCUGGAUCGAUUCAGCAUGCAGGCGGUGUACUGGGUCACCACUCGAACUCGUCGAUGCCUACUUUGUCCUUGAUGAUGGACCCUUCAGCCACCGACUUUAUGCCUCAGCGAUCGGUGACAGCACCUAGUCAAGCCAAGAAGAAGCUCUCAUUUGCCGAGGACUGCAUCUUCCACUCGACCUGGCCUGCUACCAUAUACGAUCGAAGAGGUGAACAGGCGACCUGCAAUCGACUGACACCGCUGUUGGCUCAGAGGAUCAAAGAGGAACUCAACACGUACAAGAUGGAGGAAAUGGCUGUUGCGCCCAGUAGCCGUAUCUAUACGCAUUUCUUUGUCUAA